AUGACGUCAUUUCCAGAACCGGCAAACUUUGCCGCGGCGUUACCAUCGCCUUUGGUCACACAAAGUGCUCCGAAUACACCCAUAGCACAUCGUAUGGCGAGACACGACGCAAACGGAAAUUCAGAAGCAUCGCGUGUUGUCGCACCGCCGGGGAAACCUUUAAAUAAUAACUAUUAUAGGGCUGGAAUUGGUACUUUAUAUGAAGGAAUUUUCUCGUGUUUCCGGCCGGUUUGGGGCUAUUUUGGACGUAGCAAUAAUGACUUGGUUAAAUCUAUAGAAGACGAUUGGGAGAUUCCGUUCGAAGCGAUUACGGGUCUAGAAUGGCUUGGCGCUGGAUCUCAGGGUGCUGUUUUUAGGGGUUGCCUCAACGGUCAGACGGUGGCUGUGAAAAAAGUAAAACUGAAAGAGGAAACCGAUAUAAAACACCUACGUCAUUUGAAUCAUCCAAAUAUCAUAAAAUUUAUAGGUGUAUGUACUCAAGCUCCAUGCUAUUGUCUAGUUAUGGAAUACUGUCCCAACGGUCAGUUAGGUGAUAUUCUGAAGUCGGACAGGGUCAUCGGAUGGGAAGAAUGGUGUUCGUGGAGCAGACAGAUUGCUGAAGGAAUGGAAUAUUUGCACAAGAACAAAGUGAUUCAUCGUGAUUUAAAGAGCCCAAAUAUCCUGUUCGACGAAGAGGGUGUGGUGAAGAUCUGCGAUUUUGGCACGUCACAUCAGCAGAAGAAGCAGAACAGCACGGUGAUGUCGUUUUGUGGAACGGUCAGCUGGAUGGCACCUGAAGUGAUCAAGAAGCAGCCAUGCUGUGAGAAGGUAGAUGUCUACUCCUACGGCGUUGUACUAUGGGAGUUGGUGACACGAGAGCAGCCAUAUAAGAACAUCAAUCAAAUGGCUAUCAUCUAUGGAGUCGGAUCAAACAAUCUCUCGUUGCCGAUCCCGGAUUCAGCUCCAGAUGGACUGAAAAUGCUGAUGCGACAGUGCUGGAGUGCAACGCCUCGCAAUCGGCCGUCAUUUACUCAGUGCCUGAAAUAUAUGGAUAUUUUGUACGCGGAAUUCAAAGAAAUGGGAAGUGAGGAAUUCUUCCGACGUAGUGCAAAAUGGCGUGCCGACGCUGCGAACAUACAGUAUCCGGAGACGCUCACCAAAGGAAACGCGCACAAUUUUGCUGAACGAGAAGAUGGUAAGUAA